AUGUCUGGACGUGGCAAAGGAGGCAAAGCCCGCGCGAAGGCCAAGAGCCGAUCUGCCCGUGCCGGUCUUCAGUUCCCAGUCGGCAGAGUCCACCGUCUCCUCCGCCAGGGCAACUACGCCGAGCGAGUUGGAGCAGGAGCCCCCGUCUACCUGGCAGCCGUCAUGGAGUACCUGGCCGCUGAGAUCCUCGAGCUGGCCGGCAACGCCGCCCGCGACAACAAGAAACAAAGGAUCAACCCGCGCCACCUCCAACUCGCCAUCCGGAACGACGAGGAGCUGAACAAGCUGCUCAAGGGAGUCACCAUCGCCCAGGGAGGCGUCCUCCCCAACAUCCAGGCCGUUCUCCUGCCCAAGAAGUCAGCUGGCAGUGGAGGGAAGAAAGGAUCCUCUCAGAGCCAAGAAUACUAG